UUCAAAACAAACCGACAUAACUGAAGCCACAGUUGAUGAACACGAAAAGAAGUUGUGAUCGUUGUUUAUGUUUACGAGAGGAAUAUUAUCACUCAACGAAGAUAAAAGACACGCUUGAAAAGCAAUGACGUCGUGCAAGUACAAAAACGACUUUGGGUUAAUUACGAUGCUCACGUGCGAGUUCGGCUGCUGCGAGCACGACUGCUGCACACACGAUGAAAUGAUCGGUAACAAAGAGGCCUCGGUAGAGCUCGGAUUGUUCGUUGGUAUCCCACUGUCAGGCGUUAUUCUAAUCUUCAUUCUGGUCAUGCUCAUCAUCUGCUAUCGCCACCAUGAACGGAUGAAACAACGAGCAGCCUUGCUCAAACAAUUAACUGAGGCCAGUCGACCCCGUCCAACAAUGAUCAUACAUAUGGAAUCGGAAGUUGGCCAAUCGCGGUCGCAAGAAGGCGAAAAUGGACUUCCUGUAGCCCAGGGUCCUCCAAUAUACCAGGAGGGAACCAAGGCCCCAGCUUCGCUUGAGGAGGGGAUAGAUCGCUCACACGCGUCACGCCUCUUUGGGCAAGGAAACAGCGGCUACCAGAGGUUUGAGAAUGAGUAGUGUAAUACCGGAACGGAUGAAUGACGGACUUGGUAACACCGAAUAAGCGAGUGUGCUGAAUUGGGAUACAUGGUCUUAAAUUUAACAGGGAUUUUAUACCCGAGAAAAACUUGCUACACUAUCAUAUAAUUCUUUCAUGUGUAUCACAUAUUCUAAUCAAUCAAGUGUUGAAACAACCCAAGAUGAGAAAUGCACAUUUAGCGAGAUUUAAAAUAACUUUGACAAUGUCAGAGCAUUUUGAACAAAUAUAAGCUUAUAUUUUUAUUGUAUUUAAGCAGAAUCUGGAUAACUAAAGUUUGAAGCAUACGAAACCAUGUACUUAUGAAUAGCCUUUCAAAAACUUAUAUUUCUUCUUUAUUAACAACCUUCUAAUUUAAACACUAAAAUACUAUUUGUAGUCAAUUAACUACGUUAAUCAAUAAUAUUUAACUGUAUGUUAUGCGUGAACCCAUGUAAAUGAAGAAUGUAAACGUUUUUACAGCUAUAUAAACACAUACAAUAUAUUUGUUAUUCGCGAUUUAUUGUCAACGUUUAAUUACAUUGAGGUAUAACAUUAUUUGUUCCUUGGGAUUUUAAUGUAUAUCACCAGAACAUCACUUGCUACAUGGAUCUAGAAUAAAAAUUGCUUAGAAUGACUUGAAGUGAUAAUGUUCCCACUACAUGUCUUAUGUGACCUCGAUGUUAAUUACUGAAUUCAGAUCGAGUUGGGUAUUGCAAAGUGAAUGCAUGUACACAACCAGUUGAAAAAGGAAGUUAUUGUAGUUCAUGAAAAGGCGUUCAUGCGAGAUUAUGGUGACAUUUGUAGUUGAAUAUCUUUUCGAAUAAACACAUAAUUUCUGU